CCGCGAUUCAAAGUCAAGAGUUUAAUCCCGAGUCAGGUCCACGAGAGACGGACACAGAGAGGCCGGAGGAGCCGCCGAAGUGACCCAGAGGAGAGGUGACAGUGCCGGAUACAGAAAGGCCGGGGAAGCCGCCGAAGUGACCCGGAGGAGAGGUGACAGUGUCGCAUACACUGAGGCCGGAGGAGCCGACGAAGUGACCCGGCGCGGAGCUCAGAGGGGUCGGGUACACAGAGGCCGGAGGAGCCGCCAAAGUUGACCGAGGUGGAGCUCAGAGGAUCGGACGCACAGAGGCCGGAGGAGCCGCUGAAGUACGCCGGAGUGGAGCUGCGUGUCUGAGCCAUGUUUUUCUAACGGACCGCGGUGUGAAGUGGAUCCCACCUGCAGCUGACACCAACACCGACGCAGGAUGAAUGGACACGAAGCUCCGCCCCUCGCCUCCGGCGUCUACGGCUCCUAUGGCUCACACAUCAAUGGAAACGACUCAGAGCCUCAGAAACAAAAAGUCAAAUCUCGUGCCAAAGCUCUGUACGAACAAAGGAAACAUUUCACCAAAAACAGCAUCAACGGUUUGACGGACACGUCGCAGUAUCACGUGGAGCACCUGACCACGUUCUUGUUGGACCGUAAAGACGGGAUGAUCACGGUGGACGACGGCAUCAGACGUCUCCGCCUGCUGGACGCCAAAGGAAAAGUCUGGACUCAGGAGAUGCUGCUGCAGGUGGAGGAGAAGAGCGUGAGCCUCAUCGACCACGAAACCAAGAACGAGCUGGAGAACUUCCCGAUCGGGACGGUGCAGCACUGUCAGGCCGUGAUGAACGCCUGCAGCUACGACUCCAUCCUCGCUCUGGUUUGUAAAGAGUCGGGUCAGAACAAACCCGACCUGCACCUGUUCCAGUGCGACGACAUCAAGGCUAAUCUGAUCCACGCCGACAUUGAAAGUGCCAUGAUCGAUGCCAAAGGAGGCAAAGUCAAGAAACGACCUGAGGCUCUGAAGAUGAUCCUGAAGAGCGACGGCGUCAUCCCGCCUCCCCCUCCCGCUCCCGCCCCCGAACCCCCGACGGCGUCCAAUCAGGUGGACGUGAAGAGCCGAGCGGCCGCCUGGUCGGCCUGGACCAAUGAGCAGCAAGACUACGAGAAGCAGCAGCAGCAGCAGCAGCAGCGCCGUCUCUCAGAGGACGAUGGACCCGUGGAGAUGACGGCGGCUAGAGUGGACCGAGACGUGCAAAUCCUGAACCACAUCCUGGACGACGUGGAGUUCUUCGUCACCAAACUUCAGAAAGCUGCCGAGGCUUUUAACGAACUCAACAAGAGGAAGAAGGUGAAGAAAGGCAAGAAGAAAAGUCCAGGAGAGGGCGUCCUGACGCUGCGCUCCAAACCCCCCAGUGAGGACGAGUUUGUCGACUGCCUGCAGAAGUUCAAACACGCCUUCAACCAGCUGGCCAAACUUAAGGAUCACAUCCAGAAUCCCAGCUCCGAGGAUCUGGUUCACUUCCUGUUCACGCCGCUUAGGAUGGUGAUCCAGGAGUCGGGCGGCGUGGAUCUGGCCCGCGGCGUCGUGGUUCCUCUCCUGACCAGGGACGCCAUCGACUUCCUGCACGCGUCCGGAACGCCCGAGGAGAGACACCUGUGGGUUGCCCUGGGAGACGGGUGGACGAAAAGCAGGUUGGAGUGGCCUAAGGAUCACUUCUUCCCUCCGUGUCCACUGAGGUUCCGCGACGGCUGGGAGCCGCCGGCGUUGCCGGGGGUGACACCGAGUCGCGAACGGGAGCUGACGCAGCUCGCCGAGAGUCUCGUCAAUGCCGACGUCCAGAGGCAGGAGGAGCUUGCGACGAGGCUGGCGCAGGAGCAGGUGGCGCUGCAGUCGUAUCCUUCCUCCGACGGGUACGUCUUCUCCGACUCCGCCCACAAACGCACGCAGACCCUGGAUCGCGACACGGCUGUGGCUGCUUUCAAACACGCCGUCAGCCGCCGUGUCGACCGAGGUUUUGAGUCCCUCCAACCAACAGUUUUUGCCAAAUCCAAAUACGACUUUGUGGCACGAAACAACACCGAACUGUCCGUCCUCAAAGACGAGGUCGUCGAGGUCCUUGACGACAGGAAGCAGUGGUGGAAAGUUCGUAACGGUGAAGGAGCGCUGGGCUACGUGCCAAACAACAUCCUCGACGUCACCAAAGCGGUGGACGUGACCGGCCGUGCCGAGCCCGUCUACAGCCACACGAUCCAGCUUAUGAUGCCAAAGAAGGAGUUUGAGUUGUUUAAGCAAUUACUGGGCGAGUUGAACGAGAAACAAACCAACAGAACUGACCACAUAGGCAGUAAACACGCCGCAACGCCAACGCCUCCUGCCCCCACUCCGCCGCCACCAGGCCCCGCCCCCAUCGCCAGGCUCCCCACGCCGCCACUGCCUCCUCCUCCGGCCACUGAACCCGCCAAAGAGGCCACGAGCAGCAGUGUCAGCCGCCAGAACAGCACCACGUCCAGUGAGCAAGGCAGCGUCGCCAUGAGGGACCACAACCCUAGACCGACACAGUUCAGCCGCAGGAAAUCCAACAUGGAGGAGGUUCAGGACGAGCUGCUGCACAGACUGACUCUGGGUCGCAGCACGCAGAAGAAGUUUCCAGGUCCGUGUCGCGGCGCCAACGCGGCGUCCGUCAACAUCACGUAUGAUUCGACGCCCGCGGACGUUAAAUCGUGGUUGGACGCCAAAGGCUUCAGCGCCGUCACCAUCGCCAGCCUCGGUGUCCUGACCGGCGCUCAGCUGUUUUCCCUCAACAAAGACGAGCUGAAGACGGUUUGUCCCGACGACGGCGCUCGGGUCUUCAGUCAGGUGACGGUGCAGAAGGCGGCGCUGGAGAAAGCCGCGGGCUCUGAGCUCCAGGAGAUCAUGAGGAGGCGUCAGGAGAAACUCACGGCGAGCACCUGUGACUCGGGGGUGGAGUCUUUUGAUGAAGGCAGCACCCAUUGAUCUCCUUCCUUCCUUCCUUCACUUUUUUUGCUGCUUUUACUGCUGUUUUUUUUUUCCUACGUUUUUUUUCUUGCUCUUCACCUCCAGGCGGCGGCCGACCACGCUGAGUUUGUGGAGAUCAUGCGGCGACGACAGGAAGUCCUUGUCUCGUCUCCGUAGGAACAACAUCAACAACAACAAGAACAACAAAAGGACGAUGUUUGGACCAAUAAGUGAACGUUUGCAUCAGUAAUGUGUCCCUGAUGUCGACACCAAAUUUUAGUUUUGUUUUCAAUCCACAGCAAAACUGUUAAGUGAAGUAAAUUAAGAUUAAUAUAAAUAAAUAAAAUAUCUGAGUCAAUGAAUCCUGAAAAUAAGAUUCUAAAUUUAGAAAAUAAAACAUUCUGUGUCUCUGAGAUUAGUAACUGAUGUUGACUCCCAAAGAGGGAGGAGCUUAAAAAAAUGUGGGGAAAAAAAAACUGAAUAGUAAAAUCUAAAUUUACAUUUGGUCCAAGAUAAAUGUUCUAUUCAUAGUAAAUAAUCUUUUAAUGUUUAUUGUUAAAACAAAAGUUUCAGUUAUUUAUUCAAGAUAAUUCUAUUAAACCUAAAUACUCUCUUAAUUUAUCGUCACGUGAUUUAGACCUGGAUUACGAUGUUGGAUGUUGAUCAGCAGCGUUUUUUUUUGUUUUGUUUUUUACACGUAAUCAUUUAAAAUUAGUGUUCAAACCCGAAAAAUCUGCUCACUUUAACAUUUUUGCUUCAGGCCCCGCCCACAUUGGUCAGAUUGGUCAUUGUAGCCCCGCCUCCCUCAGAGUUCAUGCUGGUUCAUGAAUGACCGGCGAGUAUCGCGAUAAUUAAAAAAAAAAAAAAAUCUGACUGAAAAUGGGGAUUUAAAUCACACAGUCGUCUGCAAACAAGCGAAUGCGACCUGAACUCACUGUGCCGUCGAUUGUAAACGGAGAAAGUUUUAGUCGGAACUGUAGCACAAAACUGUAACAACGGUAAUAACAAUGUAAUAAUAAUAACGAACCGUAGCUAAAUCAAUGCUGUAAAUGAGAAAUGACAAACGUGUUUGUAGUGAACUGUCCCUUUAAAGUUUAAAUGGACACUCUUAGAAGUCGAUCAGAGAUAAAAAAAAAACGCAGUGAAAGCAUUUGUGUCUAGUUUUCAUGGUGCCUUUUCCAUUUCAAACUGAUCAUCCUGCAAUAAAAGUUUUACAAAAAUCA